GGGCGGAGCGUCCCCGGCCCGGCCCCCGCCCCGCCCCGCCGCCUCCCCGCCGCCAUCUUCGCCGCCGCCAGCCGCCGGUCCCGCCGCAGCGCCGCCGCCCCGCAGGCCGCCCGUCCAUGGCCAGCUUUCCCCCGAGUGUCAACGAGAAGCUCAUCGCACGGUCCCGCACGGUAGGAGAGCUCCUCGCCCCCACGGCUCCCUUCGACAAGAAGUGUGGGCGGGAGAACUGGACGGUCGCGUUCGCUCCCGAUGGCUCGUACCUGGCGUGGUCGCAGGGACACCGCAUAGUGAAGCUGGUCCCCUGGGCACAGUGCCUCAGUAACUUUUUGCUGCACGGCACCAAGAAUGGUGCAAACCCUGCCAGCAGCAGGCUCCCGAGGCAGAGCAGUGAGAGUGGGCAGAAGAACAAGCCCUGUGAGCACAUCCUGGACUGCGGGGACAUCGUGUGGAGCUUGGCCUUCGGCUCCUCGGUGCCGGAGAAGCGGAGCCGCUGCGUCAACAUCGAGUGGCACCGCUUCAAGUUCGGGCAGGACCAGCUGCUCCUGGCCACGGGCCUCAGCAACGGCCGCAUCAAGAUCUGGGAUGUCUACACAGGAAAACUCCUCCUGAACCUGAUGGACCACACGGAAGUUGUCAGAGACUUAACCUUUGCCCCUGAUGGCAGCCUGAUUUUAGUGUCUGCAUCCAGAGACAAAACCCUGCGGGUGUGGGACCUGAAAGAUGAUGGAAAUAUGAUGAAGGUGUUGAGAGGCCAUCAGAACUGGGUGUAUGGCUGUGCAUUCUCACCAGACUCCUCCAUCCUCUGCUCUGUUGGAGCUAGUAAGGCAGUUUUCCUCUGGGAUAUGGAUAAAUACUCCAUGUUACGGAAACUCGAAGGACAUCACAAUGAUGUUGUAGCUUGUGAGUUCUCUCCUGAUGGAGCAUUACUGGCUACUGCAUCUUAUGAUACUCGAGUCUAUGUCUGGGAUCCACAUAUUGGAGUUAUUCUCAUGGAGUUUGGGCACCUGUUCCCUGCUCCCACGCCGAUCUUCGCGGGCGGUGCCAACGAUCGCUGGGUGCGCUCGGUGUCCUUCAGCCCCGACGGGCUGCACGUGGCCAGCCUGGCCGACGACAGAAUGGUGAGGUUCUGGAGAAUUGAUGAAGAAUACCCUGUACAAGUUGCACCUCUGAACAACGGGCUCUGCUGUACUUUCUCUACUGAUGGCAGUGUUCUCGCUGCAGGGACCCAGGAUGGCAGCCUGCACUUCUGGGCCGCGCCGCGGCAGGUGCCCAGCCUGCAGCACCUCUGCCGCGUGGCCAUCCGCAGGGUCAUGCCCACCCGCCACGUCAGCAGCCUGCCCGUCCCACCCAAGGUGCUGGAGUUCCUUUGCUACCAGAUCUGAUGUUUGGAAAAGAAGAAAAAAACUCCAAUUCCAGCUGGCAGGUGGCCCAGCUGCUGAAACUGGCUACAGACACUUCACAGAAUCCUCAAACUGUACAGCCUUUAAGCUUAAAACUCUACAGGUUUUCAAGAGCUAUUUAAAGUGAUAACCUAAAUACUAUUUUAUCAAAAUGCCUGACAGGUAAUUUUUUUUACUAUUUAUAGAAAACACAGUAGAAGUAUUCCUGGUGUUCUCAAUUUUCUAAAAUAUAACUGUGAAAACAUGUACAUAUAUAGACAUAAGCUGCUACAUGUUAUCAUUGUACCUUUAAAAAUUGCUUCUCUGAUGUUUCAUGUCUCAUGUAUAUAUUGCUUUGGUAGAGCCAUGAUGCAUCUGUGCUGUAAGUGGAAGGAAAACUGUUAUUCUGGGACAUCGAGGUAGGAAAAUACUGACUUACAGAGCAGUUAAGGUUCCUUUUGUACAUUGGUUGGGGUUCAGGAAGCUGAGCCCCAGGUCAGACUUUGUGCUAGUUUCUUUGUGAGGAGGUACAGCUUGGCUUUGUAGAGCAGUGUGUGUGUGCUGGUUUAAAAGGAAACCUGUGGGAGAAAUGAACCCAGCUCAAGAAGGAUUACAAGUCAGAGUUACAAUUUACUAGAAAGAUUACAAUAAAUAAAAUGGUUUUAACCCACAAAGAGAGGUGUGUAACCCAGCACCCUGGGACAAGAACAGAAUGGUGUUUGAUGGCCCCUGUGCUGAGCACCACAGGGCCCCCUGGGAGCAAAGUAAAAGGAAAGGAAACCUGUUGGUCAGAUGAUGGUCACAGUCCUGCUGAGAGUGGCAGCUGCAGUCCUGUUGGAGUUCUGGUCCUCCUCUGCAUCUGAGGAGUGGUGCCAGAAGUCCCAAAACCCAAAGUCUGUACAUGCUCAGGUUCAGGUGGGAAUGCCCAGUGCCUCCCCCACCCAGGGAAGUUCACAAUGGGGGAUUUAACUCUGUCAGUCAGGGGAUGUUUUUGGCCUCUUUGAUGGUCUGGGUGUUGCAGCUGCCUGUUAUGCCAGUCCAGUAUGUCCCAGUAGCAGAGCUGACCCCUCAGGCUGGGUCUGGAGGGGGGUUGUCACAGCUGGUUGUUGGAGUGAAGACAAAGAAACACUCCCCUGCCUCGCAGGGUUUCUUUAACACCCAGCUUGUACCUGGGCAGCUGCUGCAAACAAUGCAUUUAUUACCAGUCCCUCAGAAAUGACAGAGAGGGGGUAGAAUACACAGUUUUGGUUAUACCCACAGUGAUAAACUGGUCCCAGCCCCCACAACUAGGACAGUGGCCAAGGGAAGAAGGUCAGUGAGGGCUGGGGAGUAUCUAAUGUAACCCAGGACUGUGCCUGUGUCAGCUGAAGGCCUUAUGCUCCAGAGCAGCAAACCAGGUGAAAUUUCAGUAUUGGGCAGUGUUAAAGAACUAUUUCCCUACAUUUCUGAAAAUCUGACUACUGUAUUAUUGCCUGAUACUGUGUCUGUAGUGAGAGACGUUUACAGACUCAGUCUAUUAUCCUUUAACCCUGUAAUAUCUCUUUGGGGGUGAUUAUUGGUUAAUGGCCAAAGAUAAGCAAAAUAUUUGGUUUUGCCUUCUGUUAUUUAUCUGUACCUGCAGAUAUAAAGAAUGUAUGCAUUGCAUAAAAUGCCUGAUGAUAUAUAUUUUUGUUGAAUUUUUUUUAUUAAAAACUUGUAUAAAAGUUUUCUGA